CCUCCCUGGCGGCGAAAGGAGAUGCGCUCACCGUCUCCGGCGGUGAACCAAAUCUGUCACCGUUCCACUUCAUUUCCAGCAAACUAAACCCUAGGUUGAUUCCUCGUUUCUUUUUAGUUCAACCAUGGCGAUCGCUCACGUCGCGACCGAGUACGUUUUCUCCGACUUUUUACUGAAGGAUCCCACGGAGAGCAAGUAUAAAGGGGUGCGCCUGGAGCUGGCCGUGGACAAGAUAGUCACCAUUCUGGCAGUGGGUUUGCCUUUGUUUCUCAUCUCACUCGCGUUUGCACAGGAGGUGUCAGUGGGAACUCAGAUCAGCUGUUUUGCACCGACUAACUUCUCAUGGAGGCAGGCGGCUUAUGUUGACUCCUUUUGUUGGGCGGCAGUCCAGCAGCAAACUGACAGUUCUCCACUUUGGCUCCACAAGUUUUUCCCGUACAUACUGCUCCUGCUGGCCAUCCUCAUGUACAUCCCAGCGCUGUUCUGGCGCUUCACUGCCGCUCCGCAUCUGUCCUCUGAUCUCAACUUCAUCAUGGAGGAGCUGGACCGCUUCUACAAUCGUGCCAUCAAACUGGCAAAGAACCUUGCGUCGUUGGAUUGCAAAGAUAAUUUGCCAGACAGUGCUCUGGACCUGACUGAAGGUUGCUUCAAAUACCCAUUGGUGGAGCAGUACCUGAAAACCAAACGCUUCUCUCACCGCCUAGUGGUGAUGUACCUGGCCUGCCGUGGGGUGACCCUGCUGAUCCUCCUGCUGGCCUGCAUCUACCUGGGCUACUACAUCAGCCUGGCGUCUCUCACCGAUGAGUUCUCCUGUGACCUGCGCACAGGAGUGCUGAGGAACGACAGCCAGGUGCCCUCAGCAGUUCAGUGCAAGCUGGUGGCCGUGGGCGUCUUCAGGCUUCUGAGCUACAUCAACCUGGUGGUUUACGUGUUUUUGGCUCCACUUGUGGUGUACGCUGCAAUCGGACCGGCGAGACAGAGCUCUAACUUCCUCCACCCUUACGAGAUGCUUCCCGGAUUUGGUUCUUUGGGUGUGGUCAAGCCCUUCUACAACGACCUCAGCAUCUAUCUGCUCUUCCUGCAGGAGAACCUGAGUGAGCUCAAGUCCUAUAAGUGUCUGCAGGUGCUGGAGCUGUUACAAGAAGCUGGAGGUGAAGGGUUUGAUACCAUGUGUCUGCUUCGAAGCCUCGGGCAGGUGAAGACAGACAUGCUGGACAGCAAAAACGCUUGCACACGCAAAAACAAGGACGCAAAGUAAGAGUCUGAAAUACCUUGAGAGACAGACGUUCAAGAAGAAUAAGCAAAGCACUGAAGGGACUUUUGUCACUCACUGGACUGAAAUGUGAUGCAAGAGGAUGAAUGAGAAACAAUUUACCACAUUUUUUUUGAUAUUUUUUUGACAUUUUGAUAACUUGAGAAAACUGCUGACAUUUUUUACAUCUUUUUAUUACAACUGCUGAUUUUUUAAAAAUAUAUUUUGUGCAACAACAGUUGCCCCUGAAGCAUCAGUAUAUUUGGUGUUACAUUCACUAUGUUGUGUUAAGGCGCUUGUGACAUGUCUUGCCGGUGUUGUUUGUCUGUUUGCCAUCUGCGUGUGUGGUUAGAGUAGGUUGAUGCAGUUAGGUGACUUGUAACAACAUGCUCUGUAUGUGCACGAAAGUCACUGAGACA